ACUCCGAGCAAUGCCCGCCCCUCCCCCACGAGCUAGCCGACAUGAAGAAAUAGAUCGAGUAUCUCCUCGCAAAAGAACUCAUCCGACCAUCUAUUUCGCCACACGGUGCCCCAAUACUCGUCAUGCCGAAACGAGACGGAAGCCUGCGCAUGUGCAUCGAUUACCGAGCUCUCAACAAGCAGACCAUCAAGAACAAAUACCCAAUCCCACGAAUCGAUGACCUGCUUGACCAGCUUCGUGGAGC